GGCAGGCGGACACAGCGUCACGGGCCGGGUGGGCGACCCCGGCGCGCGCCUAGCAGACGCCGGCCAGACGCGGGGAAGUUCCCCGAGGCGAGCGGGGGGAAAGGGCGGCGGGCGCGGAGCGUGUCCUGGAUAGCGGGCGCGGGCCGCGGCGCCGGCUUCCUGGGCUCGCGGGCUGAGCGGAGCCGCCAGGCUGGAGUCGCGGGCGCGCCGGCGCCGGGCUUUCCCGGGACUCUCCCCGAGUGCCAAGAAGCGGCUCGUGGGCGCGCCCUUGCCGGGAGCAGGGGCAUCCCGCCGUCCUGGCCCUUCGGAGCCCAGCGCCGCCCAGCCUGGCCCGCGCUGCUGCGGGGCGCUGGGGGCCCGGGGGAGCUACUGAGCCCGGCUUCCUGACGCUCGCCUUUCGGAGCCGCCUGCCGCUUCUCCGCAGCCCUGGACCAGAGGGGACAAGCGAUGCUGCCCGAGCCCCCGCCCCUGGGCUUCAGGACAGGACUGCUACCGCGGCUUCUGCGCCAGGGCAACCGGGGCUGGAGGGGGCCUCCGAGUUGUUCUUUGGGGGCGGAAGCUGCGGGCCGCGCUUCCCAGGCCGCGCCCUUCUCAGAGACCAGCUUCUGGGCUUUUUAAGGUCAAGUUUUUUGUACUGCAGAGCGGGCCGGGAUCGUCCCCCUGCGAGGUGGCGGUGCCUACCACAGCGGGUCGGGAGCUUCUGGGAUCCGAGCCGAGAAACGGGACGCUCGAGUCCAUUUGCAGUCUUCACGUAGGAAACGGUGCUAGGUAAACGGGGCGAGUGGGUGUUUUGUAAAUUUAAAGACUCAGCUUUCCCUGACGGGGAAGUUUUCCGAGUCACGUAGCCUGGGAAACAGUGUAUUGUCCCCUUGCUGGGCAGGUAGAGAGGCGAUAUUGGCCUUGGGGCACUUUUAAAAUUCCCUUUUUUCUUUUUCUUUUUUUUUUUCUUUAAAAAUGGAAGAACAACAAACCAGAAGAUUAACAGAGUUGGGGCUAAUAUAAUGCGUUUAAUUGUCUCAUGGCCCAUGUUGUAGAACUGCAUCCUCGGUCACUGUCCCAGGACAGCCAUCUGUAGCACCUCCUCAGUAACUGACGGUGAUGUUCCUUUCCCUGUGCUGUUUAUACCAUCAGCCUGGGGUUUUCUUUGGAGGUGACACAAAGAAUGAAGAUAUUCAAAUGUUACUGUAAACAUACCCUGCAGCAGAAAGUUUUCAUCCUGUUUUUAACCCUAUGGCUGCUCUCCUUAUUAAAGCUUCUAAAUGUGAGACGACUCUUUCCGCAAAAAGACAUUUACUUGGUUGAGUACUCCCUAAGUACCUCGCCUUUUGUAAGAAACAGAUACACUCACGUUAAGGAUGAAGUCAGGUAUGAAGUUAACUGUUCGGGUAUCUAUGAACAGGAGCCUUUGGAAAUUGGCAAGAGUCUGGAAAUAAGAAGAAGGGACAUCAUUGACUUGGAGGAUGAUGACGUUGUGGCAAUGACCAGUGAUUGUGACAUUUAUCAGACUCUAAGAGGUUAUGCUCAAAAGCUUGUCUCAAAGGAGGAGAAAAGCUUCCCAAUAGCCUAUUCUUUGGUUGUCCACAAAGAUGCAAUUAUGGUUGAAAGGCUUAUCCAUGCUAUAUACAACCAGCACAACAUUUACUGCAUCCAUUAUGAUCGUAAGGCACCUGAUACUUUCAAAGUUGCCAUGAACAAUUUAGCUAAGUGCUUCUCCAAUAUUUUCAUUGCUUCCAAACUAGAGGCUGUGGAAUAUGCCCACAUUUCCAGACUCCAAGCUGAUUUAAAUUGCUUGUCGGACCUUCUAAAGUCUUCAGUCCAGUGGAAAUAUGUUAUCAACUUGUGUGGGCAAGAUUUUCCCCUGAAGUCAAAUUUUGAAUUAGUGUCAGAGUUGAAAAAACUCAAUGGAGCAAAUAUGUUGGAGACGGUGAAGCCCCCAAACAGUAAAUUGGAAAGAUUCACUUACCAUCAUGAACUUAGACGGGUGCCUUAUGAAUAUGUGAAACUACCAAUAAGGACAAACAUCUCCAAGGAAGCACCCCCCCAUAACAUUCAGAUAUUUGUUGGCAGUGCUUAUUUUGUUUUAAGUCAAGCAUUCGUUAAAUAUAUUUUCAACAACUCCGUCAUUCAAGACUUUUUUGCCUGGUCUAAAGACACAUACUCUCCUGAUGAGCACUUUUGGGCUACCUUGAUUCGGGUUCCAGGAAUACCUGGGGAGAUUUCCAGAUCAGCCCAGGAUGUGUCUGAUCUGCAGAGUAAGACCCGCCUUGUCAAGUGGAAUUACUAUGAAGGCUUUUUCUAUCCCGGUUGUACUGGAUCUCACCUUCGAAGUGUGUGUAUUUAUGGAGCUGCAGAAUUAAGGUGGCUUAUCAAAGAUGGACACUGGUUUGCUAAUAAAUUUGAUUCUAAGGUGGACCCUAUCUUGAUUAAAUGCUUGGCAGAAAAGCUUGAAGAACAACAGAGAAACUGGAUCACUUUGUCCUCAGAAAAGUUGUUUAUGGAUAGAAAUCUCACAACCACAUCAUGAUAGUAAAAUCAGGAUGGAAAUAAGAGGGUGCCUGAUAAAUGGAGUCAGUAUGGAAUUGAAUACUAUACUAUGCCCAAUACUGUUUAAACUCAGUCCUCCCAUAUUUUAAAAGGUGUCCAAAAUUCCAUACACAAGGGAAAGUGAUCUAGCCUUUGAUGUUAUUAGCCUGCAGUUGGCUAGGUUUUUUUAAUGUUUGUUUUUGCUUGUAAUCUCACUGAGCUAAAUCAGAGAUCUUAAACAUUCAGUCAGUCAUCAAACAUUAUUGAGCACCUAACUGUAUGACAGGCACUUUUUUAGAGACUGCAGCUUAUCCUCAUCAUAGCAACCUCGGUAUCUUUAAGUUCUCCAUGUAAUAGUCAGGAUUCUACUGAAGAAGCUUUUGAAGUUUGUGGUAAUCAUCCGAUCAUAUGAACCACCCAUUUCAGAGUAGUGCUUAAGUACUGUGACCAACACUCCACUUGUCUCUUAGCUCAGCUUCCAAGACAUUUCUUAACCAUUAGAGCAGAGGAGGAAAGACUCACUACCUCAGAAAAAUCUCAAAGAAUAGUCCAAUUUCCUGCUUGCCAAAGCAUAAUCUGCCUUUUGGUGCAUUACUUGGUAAAUUCAGGGUUGAGAAGACUGUUGCGGGCAUUUAUAGUAUAUGAAAGUUAAGGAAGGGGGUGAGGAUAUGGGUUGGGACAGGUAGUACCUAAAGAGGAGUGAAGGGAUUUAUACAACAUUUUUAUCAUGUUACAAAACAGUAUCAUGAAUGGCCUCCUUUUUAGUUCAACUGUUUCUUUAAAAUGCAUUUACUGAUUAAAAAUAAGAACUGACCAAUAGCUCCGAGUGUCACACACCAGAACAUUAGGCCUAAGUCCUCAAUUUAUAAGUUAUCAUUCUAGAUAAGUUUCUUUACAAUGGAAUACUUUCCAUGGAAUCAUUAUAACUCUGUUGUAUGGAACUAUCAAGCUAAGAGUCACUAAACUUUCUUGAAAAGCUUGUGUGAAAUAUGACAGCUUUCUAAAUUAAUUUUUAUAGUCAUUUAAAAUAUUUUCUUCUCUGGCAACUGUUCAACUGGAAUCCAGAUUUAAAGUGAUAAAAGCUCUAAGUUUCUUGAAGUCUUUUUCUCAGCUUAGUUCCAGAGAAAAAAGCUAAUUUUCCUAAGGACACAGCAAGAAUAUUCAUUAAGGAUAUUUUCUAAAACCCACACUUGAGAAAACCACCAAAUGAGUAAAAAAUAUAUAUAUAUAUAGAAAAAUUCCAUUACAUAUAUAUUAUAUAUAAUAUAUACUUAUACAUUGUUAUAUAAUAUAUACAUAUAUACAUAUAUAAUAUAUAUAAUGGAAUUGUUCUAGAAGUAAAAUGGGGUAAGAAUGUGGUUCUGAGAAUAGGCAAUAACAUUUUCACCAGUCUCUUGGGAAAUUGUAGAACUCAUGUAAAAAUUUCUUGGUCAUCAUAUGUCUCAAUGGCAGCCUCAUUAAGUAAAGAUGUAGCCUCAGAUAUUAUAUUUAAAGAUGUAGUAAAUCAAGCCCAAAAUAGGACAAUUUGGAAGAUUUAAGUAUUACAUAUUUUUUAAAUGUCUAUGUUCUAAAUGUGAAAUGCACUUUGCCCAUUUUAAAGUUCAUAAUACUAACUGCCAACUGACACCACUUCUCACUCCCUUCUCUUGAACUCAUUUUUCUCCCUUUUUAUUUGCCCCUUCAAAUUACUUCAUUCUUCAGAAAUAACUAUUACCAAGCCCCAUUCUUCAAAAUAAGUAAACACUGUAUACAGCUAAGUUCUGCAAAAGAUCCAUACCCGCUCACUCGUGUGUGACCAUGGACAGGUAAGUCACUUUGGUCUCUAUGAACCUCAGUUUUCCAGAUCUUUGAAAUGAGCACUUGUAUGCCUAUCCUUGCUUCCACACAAGUUUUUUUUGUGUGUGAGAAUCGAUUGAAAUAGUAUAUGAAGUGGUUUAAAAAUAGGUACAAACUAUUGACAUUUCAAUGUCAGAGAGUGAUACCUGUAGUAGUAUAAGGCAAACAAAGGUCCAACCUCAUUGAAAGACUUAAACAUUUACCUUUUCUGAAAAACUACUGAAAUAUAAAAAGAGGUCCCAGUCACAGGGGCAACUUCUGUAACCAAAUCCAGAUCUGAGGAAACUCCUGUAACCCCAUUUGGGGUUUCUUUCUAAGCCAAUAGGGUUACAGGUUGGUACAGUGACUUACAUUGAGAAUGGGACUACAAAUACUUUUCCCACCAUCUAGGAUGAAAUACACAAAAUCCUGUUGAAAUCUUGGUUUUUAUGCCUUUGGUCAUCAGAAUAAACGUAAAUGCUGAAAAACAAAUAAUCUCCUGAUCCAGUGUCUUGCCUCCUGGUGAGAAAUGAUUCUAUCCCCUGUUUAUUGGGAAAUUUCCAAAGUUGUUCAUCACUUAAAUGCCGUAUUCAAAGGGAACAUGGAAGGAUGAAGCGGAGAAAGUGCCUUCGAGACAUACACACAUUUCUCUGGACUCAGUCUGUUAACAUUUCAGGGAGCUUGUCAGAUCACACCUUUUUGCCUUGGAAAUCCUACAGAUUUCCUUACGCCUUCAUAUCUGAUUCUUCCCUAAAACCUUUGGGUAUGAUUUCCUCCCUGGUCUUGAGAAUGUCCUGCAGUCUGUGUUUUAUAAUUAUUCUUUGUAUUUAUUGAAUCUAGACUUUAAGUUAUUCAGAGAUCAGACCAGAACCUUAGAGUUUCUAAACUGUAUGUGGAUAUUAAACAAUAUUAAUAAUGAAAGAGCUACCAAAAUAGUCUAUAUUGUGUGAACAAUCUCUUGUGAUAUUAGACGUAUUUAAAGACCAGUGUUGCUGCUAUUUUUAAUAUUUUGGUUAAUUUAAGUGAAAUGUACAUAUUUAAAUUUGAAGAUUUAUCUUGCCCUUCAGAAUGUGAAGAUAUACUUGCAUAUAUUUUGACAUAUUUCAUGGAAAAUAAAAAUGAUAAUCCACUUUGUGAAUGUGAGUGUAGUGUUAUGUAUGUUAUUAUAAAUGAUUUUUGUUUGCAUUGAUGAUGAAAUGAGAGUUUUGGGGGCUUUUUAUACAUUUAUAUCGACUGGUCUCUAAAUCUCCUGUUUUGUUUUCUUAUCAUUUUUGAAAUACAGUUCCCAUUACAUGAGUUUUAAAUAGAUUGGUGUUUCAUUUUGUAUUAUGCUACUACUAGAUGUUGAUUCUCUGGUAAUGUAAAAUAAAAUGUGCUCCAAAAACCCAAACCCUUGGACUUUAUGAGCUUUCCUUUCUCUGGUUUUGCUGAUGCCCCACAAAGAUUCUUUCAGUUUAUGGCACUUGCCCCUUAUUUAAAGAGCAGAGUUAAUUUCACUUCAGUGUAAAAGAAAUUCAGCAUGUGUAUUAUACACAAUAUAGGCACAUGAACUUAAGCCAUUUAAUUUGGUAAAGUCUCAAAGAAUCUUCCAGGAUUUCCCUGUCUUAGUCCUACUUCAGGUUGGUUUCUUCUCUAAGAUUAAUAAGAUAAAUACUCUUGUUUCCUUGAUUACUUUAUGGAAAUAGUUUUCAAUAGGGUAGGUUGAGCUUUUUAUCUCGGAUCCCUCGCUUCCUGGAAAAUCAAUAUUCUUCCCUUUCUACUUG